AUGGCCGUUACCGGCUACUUUACGGAUGUUCGUCGUUCUCGGAUUCGACGGAAGACCGGCGUUGGUUUUCUGGAAGAUUACUUUCUAAGAAGUGAGAUUGAAGACUAUCGAAGACUGCGCCUUUUGAUAAAUCUUAUCGCUGGAAUCGUCUUUUGUACCGGUCUCUACUAUUUCGGCUGGAAAAGGCUGAACUUCGCCGAUUUUGAUUAUAUCUAUGGUUUGAGUUUCCAGUGGUUCAUGAUAUUAUCGACCGCUUGUGCGUUUACGCUCAGUCCGAUGUUUCGCUGUGCUAUGCUUUGCGUGUUAUUGGGUUCGAUGGGAAGGCAAGGCCAGGCACCCCUCUCGCUUCUAAUUUUGGACAACCUUAAUGACGGGCCUAUUUCCAACAUUGUUGGCAACUAUCAGAGAACCGCAGAAAUUCUGUUGUGUCACCUAGAACUGCAAGCAAAAAUUGCGUCCAAUCGUGUGUCCAUGCUCACUGGUCCAGUCGAAGCCGUUUUAGAAAAGGAGAUUGAAGUUGGACUGAACAUGCUCAAGGAUUUGGUGAGGAAGAUUCGCAGCAUACUAACGCCAUUUAUGGCAGAUUUGAAGUCGUCGGAAACAUCGGAAGAUAAGAGUAUGGAUGAAAGAGAUGUCCAACUUAACAAUUUCGCGCAACGCCAAGCUGUGUACUCUUUGAUGAAAGAAGAGUCAGAAGAGGAGAAACGAAGAGAAGAGGAACUAUCAAAUCAUACUGCUAAAGAAAAAGUUGAAAAGUUAUUGAAGAAGAAACCAUCAUGGGCGGAAUUCAAGACCAGUCAAGGUCGACAUAUAGCGAAGCGUAUAUCAAAAAGAUGUAAUGACAUUUUUGUGAAAGGUGUGGACAAAUGUCGCGACCUCAUGUCAUCCGUUAAGGACAAAUGCUAUCAAGCCAUGCCCUGGUUUUUGAUGUUUUUCGUAUGCCCACGGGUGAAUGCAGAAGAAGCUUGUAAUAUAAUGGAACGACGUACAAAGUCCCUGUCAGUCUGCCAGAAACAUUUGAAAAAUGCCCAAAUGAGUGGUCAAAUGGAAGGAGAUGUCAAUGACGUUAUAAACAUAACCGAUAGUUUGGAUGAUGAGCUUCAAGCCAACAUUGUGCUGAAAACAGUGUCAAAAGUUGUUCAAGCAUUGUUUAUCUUUUUUGUUUACACAAUAUUUCGCGAUGCUGUCAAAAUGAUCGAAAAUUACAAAACCGAUGUGGAUUUCAACAAUCGUUUCAUAACUGGCGUAUUUUGGCAAAUCGACCACCAUCGUGAAUUACUCGGUCAGCAAGCAAUUCGAUAUAUUUCGACUGCUGAAAUGCGGGAAUGGAAGCUGUUGAGGUUUUUCAGCCCUCCUACGCGCGGGGAACUGAAUCAAGCUAGAUUUGCACUGAUGACUUGGUUUGUUGCUGCCUUCGUUGCUGCUCUGUUGAUAUUCAUGGAUUAUUACCUGUACGCUUUCCUUAAUGCGGUUGUAUCUGCAUCGCAUACAAAAAUAGAACAACUUGGUUCAUCAAGUGCUGCUAUUAUGGUGGAGGGAGAAGGUGUAAUAGCAAAUUUUGUUCGUGGAAUGAUUGCUGAUAAUCGUACGGUAGAAGUUGACAGCAGUAUGACAAAUGCGCACUGUUUGAUGCCACCACAGAAACCAGAUUUUGCACAGAUUUUUACUUGGAUAGCUCUUCCAUUGAUAGCUUCGUUACUUAUGCAGGUGCUGUUCGCUUAUAUUGUUAAAAGGGUGAUUAUCAAUCACUUUAUGCCGUUUAUGUUUCCACUGAGAGACCGCGUUCGCAUAAUCUAUCUGUACAAUAAGGUUCUUCUUCAAAGACUGAAACAUCGCAAAGAAGCUCGGGCACGCAUACGUUUUAUGGUUGAUAAAUGGAAAAUCAAUGAGGAGACCGAUGAAGAGUAUGCACCAGAGAGGAAUGGCUUUCUUGAAUGUUCACCAAAGCGGCACGUCUCUUAUUGGUCGAAGUCGGCAGUCAGCAAUCUGUCGCUUGAGUCCGCGCGGUAG